AGCAACUUAAAUAUCUCUCUAUCUAUAUAUUCGCAGUUCUCCAAACAGAAUCUAACCUCUCUUUUCUGUGUCCAUCUUCUUCAACUCGUCUCUUCUGUCUUGAGAAAAUGAAAAGUAGCAAGAAGCAGGCAGCUGUCUCAAAGAGUUCAUCUCUUGCUAUUGUGGAGACAAACCCUGAUGACAAAAAAGUUGUUGUCCCCAUUGAAGCACCGAUUGUGUCUUCUUACAAUGACCGAAUCAGGCCGUUGCUAGACACUGUUGACAGGCUAAGGAACCUUAAUGUAAUGAAAGAAGGGAUCGAGCUUCCCACCAUUGUUGUUGUUGGAGACCAGUCUUCGGGGAAGUCGAGUGUUCUGGAGUCCUUGGCAGGGAUCAGUUUGCCUCGUGGGCAAGGAAUCUGCACUAGGGUUCCUCUUGUGAUGAGACUCCAGAAAAGUUCUAGCACUGAACCUGAGAUCUGGCUAGAGUACAGUGACAAAGUUGUUCAUACGGAUGAGGAACACAUUGCUGAAGCUAUUUCUUCUGCAACUGAUGUUAUAGCUGGAUCUGGUAAAGGGGUUUCAGACGCUCCCCUGACGCUUCAUGUGAAGAAGGUUGGAGUUCCAGACAUUACCAUGGUUGAUCUUCCUGGGAUAACUCGUGUUCCAGUGAACGGACAGCCAGAGAACAUCUAUGAGCAGAUCUCUGCGAUGAUCAUGAAGUACAUAGCGCCUCAAGAAUCCAUCAUCCUCAAUGUUCUGUCAGCAACCGUUGACUUCACAACCUGUGAGUCCAUUCGCAUGUCAAGACAAGUUGACAAAACUGGUGAAAGGACUCUGGCUGUUGUCACCAAAGCAGACAUGGCUCCCGAAGGUCUCUUACAGAAAGUGACAGCAGAUGAUGUGAGCAUUGGACUUGGUUAUGUCUGUGUUAGAAACCGGAUUGGAGAAGAGACAUACGAAGAAGCGAGGAUGCAAGAAGAGCUGCUUUUCAGGACUCAUCCAAUGCUAAGCUUGAUUGAUGAGGACAUUGUGGGCAUACCUGUGUUAGCUCAGAAGCUAAUGCUAAUCCAGGCAACAAUGAUCGGCAGAUGCUUGCCUGAGAUUGUUAGAAAGAUAAACAUGAAGAUGGAGACUGCCGUGCUGGAGCUGAACAAGCUGCCAAUGGUAAUGGCUUCCACCGGAGAAGCAUUGAUGACACUGAUGGACAUCAUUGGUUCUGCAAAAGAGUCUCUACUAAAGAUCCUCAUCCAAGGUGAUUUCUCAGAGUUCCCAGAUGAGCCAAAGAUGCAUUCUACUGCUCGCUUGGCUGAAAUGUUGAGCCAGUUUUCAGACAAUCUGCAAGCAAAGCCAGUGGAUGUUGUUACUGAGUUCUUGAUGGAAGAAAUCAAGAUUCUUGAUGAAUGCAAAUGUGUUGGCCUUCCUAACUUCAUUCCUAGAUCAGCAUUCUUGGCUAUCCUCUCACAUCAUGUGGAUGUUAUUCAUAUGAAGCCGGUUGAGUUCAUCAGGAAGAUAUGGGACUACAUUGAAGGUGUUCUCAUAUCAGUACUUUCCAAGUAUUCUGAAAACUUCCCACAGGUACAGUCUUCCAUCAAACGAGCUGGUCGCAAUCUGAUCACCAAGAUGAAGGAGCAGGCUGUGAACAGGGUGGCUGAGUGGUUGGUUGAGAUGGAGAAGUUAACUGAUUACACAUGUAACCCUGAGUACAUGAAGACAUGGACAGAGAAGACAGCUGCGCAGCAAAACUUCAUACAUGCUGUGUUGCACGAUGUGAAAAAACCUGAGAGCUUCUCUCUAACUGAAUUUGGUAAUGUUAAGAUCUCGCAUCUUAGGAAGUAUCACGCUCAUUUAUUGCAGCAAGCGUUUGACAUGAAGAUGAGGAUCACAUCGUACUGGACGAUUGUCUUGAGGAGGAUCGUGGAUAAUCUUGCCCUUUAUCUUCAGUUCUCGGUGAAGAAUCUCGUGAACACACAGUUCCAGAAGGAGAUCGUGGCGGAGAUGGUGGAUCCUAGAGGAGGUGGAGGAGUUGAGAGGAUGAUGGAAGAGUCUCCCUCGGUGGCGAGCAAGAGAGAGAAGCUGAAGAAGAGUGUGAAGCUCUUGAAGGAGUCUAAGGACGUUGUGGCUGCUAUUGUUGACCAAACUUCAGGGUUCGGAGAUCGCUGAACGAGUUGCAUGUUUCUGUCUUACUUUGGCUAUGUUCAUGUUCUUUUGUGCGGUAACGCUAAGCUACUAAGCUUCUUGUUUAUGUUGUAUCUCUGUGUUAAAUCUCUUUUGUUGUUUAUUUGGACUCAACUUCUGUUAGCUGUCUAUGUAUGCUUCAAUCUGUUUUAUAUUUUUCUCUAUCUCAUUGCCUAU